ACUUUCUCGGAACGUGACUGAGCUGCGGUAGCCUGACCCCGGCAGCCGGCAGCUCUCUGCUAGGAGGGCUGGGGGUGGGAAAUGACGGUGAUUUCCUCCCUGCUUGGUCCACCUCGAGCAUCGACUCCCUUCUCCCGCGGCCCCUGGGCUGCAGACGAAGCAGAGCUCUGGUUGGAGUUGGAAGGUGAAAGAAAAUGAAUUCUUUUUCCAAUAUACCUGCCAAGAACUUAACCCUUGCAGUCAAUAUGACGAAGACUUUGUCCUCACCAGUUACACAUGGAUUUAAUUCCACUAAUGACCCACCUUCAAUGUCAAUAACAAGGCUUUUUCCAGCCUUACUAGAAUGCUUUGGCAUAGUCCUUUGUGGCUACAUAGCAGGAAGGGCCAAUGUUAUAACAUCAACACAAGCGAAAGGACUGGGAAAUUUUGUCUCCAGAUUUGCACUUCCAGCUUUACUAUUCAAAAACAUGGUUGUACUUAAUUUUUCUAAUGUGGAUUGGUCUUUUCUAUAUAGUAUCUUAAUUGCCAAAGCUUCUGUAUUUUUCGUUGUAUGUGUAUUAACAUUAUUGGUUGCCAGUCCCGAUAGUCGAUUUAGCAAAGCUGGACUAUUUCCUAUUUUUGCUACACAAAGUAAUGACUUUGCAUUGGGAUAUCCUAUAGUUGAAGCUUUAUAUCAAACAACAUACCCAGAAUAUCUCCAGUACAUUUACUUAGUGGCACCAAUAUCUCUGAUGAUGUUAAACCCUAUAGGAUUUAUCUUCUGUGAAAUUCAGAAAUGGAAAGACACUCAGAAUGCUUCUCAAAACAAAGUGAAAAUUUUGGGCCUUGGACUUUUGCGUGUGUUACAGAACCCAAUCGUAUUUAUGGUCUUCAUUGGCAUUGCCUUCAAUUUUAUUCUUGAUCAAAAGGUGCCUGAAUAUAUGGAAAAUUUUCUUGAUGGACUUGCAAAUUCUUUUUCUGGAUCAGCUCUAUUUUAUCUUGGUCUUACAAUGGUAGGAAAAAUAAAGAAACUAAAGAAGUCAGCAUUUGUUGUACUGAUUCUUCUCAUCACAGCUAAACUCCUGGUGCUGCCACUUCUGUGCAGAGAAAUGGUGGAACUCUUGGACAAGGACGACAGUGUAGUAAACCACACAAGUUUGUCAAAUUACGCGUUUUUGUAUGGUGUCUUUCCUGUAGCACCAGGAGUGGCUAUCUUUGCAACACAGUUCAAUAUGGAAGUAGAGAUUAUAACCUCAGGGAUGGUAAUAAGCACGUUUGUGUCUGCACCGAUCAUGUACGUUUCUGCCUGGUUACUGACUUUUCCUACCAUGGACCCUAAGCCAUUGGCAUAUGCCAUCCAGAAUGUUAGUUUUGAUAUAAGUAUUAUCAGCCUGGUCUCCUUGAUCUGGUCUUUGGCUAUUCUUCUUUUGAGCAAGAAAUAUAAACAGCUUCCUCAUAUGCUUACAACUAAUUUGCUCAUCGCUCAGUCUAUCGUCUGUGCUGGAAUGAUGAUAUGGAAUUUUGUUAAAGAGGAAAAUUUUGUUGGACAAAUUCUGGUGUUUGUCUUAUUGUACAGCUCCCUCUAUAGCACCUACCUGUGGACAGGCCUUCUAGCAAUUUCUUUGUUUCUUUUGAAAAAGAGAGAAAGGGUACAAAUUCCUGUUGGAAUCAUCAUCAUAUCUGGCUGGGGGAUUCCUGCUCUCCUUGUUGGUGUUCUUUUGAUAACUGGAAAACAUAAUGGAGAAAGCAUUGACUCAGCCUUCUUUUAUGGAAAAGAGCAGAUGAUCAUCACGGCAGUUACCCUGUUCUGCAGUAUCGUGAUAGCUGGCAUAUCACUCAUGUGUAUGAACCGCACCUCCCAAGCAGGACGCUAUGAAGGUUUCGACCAGUCUCAGGACCGCAAAGCAGCAGAGCCGGGAAACACUGCUUUUGAGGACAGUCCAGCGCCAGCAAAUGAACCUGAAUCUUUUGCAAGUUCUGUCCCAGAAACAAGUUGCUGCUCCUGCUCUAUGGGAAACGGUGAAUUAUGCUGCCCAUCCACGGAGCCAGUAGCAGACAUAACCACCAGUGGGUCGGUGACUCCUUCAUUUGAGAAAAAGGAACAUUGUGUGAGUCGCUGUAACUCCCAGAGCUGCAUAUUAGCCCAGGAAGAGGAGCAGUAUCUACACAGUGGAGACCAGCAACUGACUCGACAUGUGUUGCUGUGUUUACUUCUCAUUAUUGGCCUGUUUGCUAAUCUUUCCAGUUGUUUAUGGUGGCUAUUCAACCAAGAGCCUGGGAGACUAUAUGUUGAGUUACAGUUUUUCUGUGCUGUGUUUAACUUUGGCCAGGGGUUUAUUUCCUUUGGCAUCUUUGGGUUGGACAAACAUUUAAUCAUCCUACCUUUCAAAAGAAGACUUGAAUUCCUAUGGAACAGCAAAGAAACAGCAGAAAAUAAGGAUUCUUCUGUUCCUGAGGAAAUAAAAAUGACCUGUCAACAAUUUAUCCAUUAUCACCGUGACCUCUGUAUCCAAAACAUUGUGAAGGAAAGAAGGCAUGGAGUAUACAGCAGGAGAGAAUAAACAAAUGUUCUAGUGCCAAUAUAUUUGGUUGUCGAAAAACAGGAAAAGAACAGAACAUGAUAUAAAGAAGCAAAUACUUUUAUUUCUGUAACUGAAAAAUUGAAAAUCUAUGAAAAUUACCAUUCAAGAUAAUUAAUUUACAUAUAUUAUGCCACUAUAUUUCAUUAUAACCAGAAGGUAUCCUGAUUCAGCUAGUAGAAAGGGGAUUCACUGGUUGGAGACCAACUCUAGAACUCAAUCUCUGGGUCUGUCACUUUGUGGGAGAUUACUAGCUGUGUGACAUUGGGCAAGUUCAAUUCUCCAAACCUUAAUUCUCCUCUUCUUUAAAAUAUCUAGCUCUUGGAGGUUGUUUGCAUUAGAUAACAAAAUCUAUGUAAUGGGCCUAGCCUAGUUUCUGGGAAUGGUAAGCUAUGAAGAAAAAUUAGUUUCCCACCCUUAAAGGGGCAAACACAAUGAUUUCAAAGUGCGAUCUAUGGAUAGUUUCAACAAUUUAAAAUUGCUUUUUCAAAUUAAGAGAGGGAACUCUGUGUUAGCUCCACCAGGCCCACUCUGACUGCUGACUGUUAGGAAGCAUAGCUCUUGCCAUUUGCAGGGCUGCCAGGCUGCCUCCACCCCAGAUGGUGAACGGGCACAGGCUGGCUCCAGUCCUGCAUAGCGGCUGAUCCUCUGUCACUCUGCACAGCUUCCUAGACUGUAGCUGUAGCUGCCUGGUCAGCCCCUCAGAAGCAACUAUGAAUCAGUUGGUGUCCAGAUUAGAAGGUGGAGGGCUAUACAUUCAAAAUCAACAAGCAGGAAGAAGGCUCAGACUUGGGAUGUAACAUUCAGGCUUUUGUUCAAAGUGAUGUUUGUCGUUGCAAAGCAUAAAUUAAGUUAUCCUAUUACUAAGUAAAACACUGAUGUUACAAUAAUAUUUUAUGUACUUGAGAAAUUUUUUCAUGUGUAUUAACUUUUAAUUUUUCUAUGAAAUACUAAUUUAUGUGAUUAAAUGUUUUAAAAUUUUUUGUCACCUGUUUCUCAUUUCAUCUUGAUUUUCAGCCAUUGUUUCCUAUUGUCAAGCACUUUAGGUUUUACAGCUUGACUAAUGCUUGUGGACAGAUUCAUAUUGUCUAUCACAUAUUUGUAUAAAAAUGAACAGAAUUCACUUAAUUGGUUUUCUUACAUUUCUUUUCCCCUUGUUUAUUUUUUCAUACCUGAGACACCCCUGUAUUUGUAUUAGGAAGACAAAUUUUAAAUAAUUAAGAAGUGGGUUUAUAAUUAAAAAAUUAAAAAUAUCUGAGGAAUCUUAUGGAAAUUCCUCCAAAAAUUAAAAAUAGAACUGCCGUACGAUCCAGCAAUUCCACUUCUGUGUAUAUACCCCCAAAAAAUUAAAAACACUAAUUAGAAAAGGAAUGUGCAUCCCUUUGUCCACUGCUGUAUUAUUUACAAUAGCCAAGAUAUUAAAAAAACAACAAACAAACCUGUGUCCCUCAGUAGAACUGAUAAAGAAGACAUUGUGUGUGGGGGGGAAUAUGUAUAGUGUAUACAUAUAUACACAAUAGAAUAUAACCCGGCCACAGAAGAAUGAAAUCUUGCCAUUAUGACAACAUGGAUGAACAAUAUGGAGGGCAUUAUGCAAAGUGAAAUAAGUCAGACAGAGAAAGAUAAAUACUGUUUGAUUUCACUUAUAUGUGGAAACUAAAAAAAAACAAAUGAGCAAGCAUUACAAAACAACAGAGUCAUAGAUGCAGACAACAAACAAGUGGCUGCCAGAGGGGAGAAGGAUGAGGGGAAGAAAGAAGUAGGUGAGGGAGAUUGAGAAGUACAGACUCCCAGGUGCAAAAUAAAUGAAUCACAGGGAUGAAAUGUACAGUGUGGGAACAGACUCAACAACUAUGAAAAAAAUCUUAUAGCAAGACAGAUCUCACUUAUCCUUUCCUUGCUUCAUAAGGCAACAAAUUCCUAUCAUAUCAAUAAGAUUAUCUUGCUCAGGACAUGAAGAAAGGCUAUUUGUGGGCACUGUGAUAAGCAGAAAAUAUUAAGGUUUGAUUUGAAUAACUUAGUAAAAAUUGUCACUUCUUAAGAGCUUGCAAAAAUAUUAAUGUUCCUGAAACAAUUAUGUAUUUUAACUAAGAGUAUAACUUAUAAAAUAUGUAAUAGGUGUCUACAGAACUCAUUUGAUCAUAAAAGACCAUCUACUAUAAAAAGAAUAUUUCUCUGCUGAUGCAGUUACAUUACCUAAGUCAUUAUUUUAAAUGUUUCUGUUUUCACAAGCAUUAUUGGCAUAUUUUGUUUUUCUCCAAUAGAUCUUUCUAGGGUUAGGUGAUUUAACAAAACCCUUUAUAUUCAGCAUAGUUUCAUUCCUGUCACCUCUUAACUAUCAUGCUGUCUUUCCCUGUCUCCUGUUUUUCCUUGCUUGUCUUCCAUCAUGCAGUUCUGAUACCAGAUUUACAGAACACAUGGGUGAAUCAUUCCUUUGAC